AGUCAAUUUUGAAACACAACGAUAUAUGUUAUCAGAGAGCUUAAAAGAUAGAAAUUAGAAACUAUCAAAUACUUUAUUUAAAGUAUCUGUUGUCCAUGGAAUCCAGCUAAAAGUCUCUACCAGUUACUAAAACAUCCCUACAGAUCAAUUGCUUUCAAAAAGACCUACUACUGUCACAAAAUGGUGCCACUAACAUAUUAUGAUCAACAAUUUGCAUCUUUAGAACACUCUUAUCAACUGGCCUCAACGAACUCAUUAACACAUCAGUACAUAGGAGAAAAUCUAAAUCAACCCAAUAAUCAAUCUGUGGUUAUAGUACAAUCUGAUAAUAAUUACCUGGCAGCACCUCCACUCAGCUCUAACCAGAAGAUACAGAGAUCUUUUGCCAAGGCUCAGUACCCAAUUUCACAGGGCUUCUGUAACGGAGUUCUGACAUCACCAGUACCCCAGCGCAAACAUCAGGAUUCACCCUCAGGAGACGUCCACCAGAGAACUUCAUUGCCGUCUAUUUGGAAAACUCUGAGCUCACCUUUAUCCCUCCCCAAACCUCAGGCCUCUUCACUGGAUCUCAACAAGACAUCAUCAUCAUCAUCAUCAUCAUCACUGGAACCCAAUCAAACAACCUUGAGCUCACAAUUAUCUCUCCCCAAACCUCAGAAUGCAACUUCCUUAGACCUUUGCUGGACAUCACCUGCACUGAAGUCUAAUAAAAGAGUCUCAAGUUCAUCAUUAUUCCCCAUCAAGUAUCAAGAAACUUCUUCCCAAGACAUCCUCUGGACAUCUUCAUCUUUGAAAUCUAAUCAACGAGCCCUUAGCUCAACAUUACCUCAGUCCAAGCCUCAGAAAUUAUCUUCCUCGGACAGCCUUUGUAUGUCUUCCUUAGAUAAGCAACAAAGAUCUUUGAGCUUACCAUCACUUACCUCUAUACCUCAAACAAAUGACUUGCUGCAGUUAUCACCUUCAUUGCAGCCUAAUCAAAUGGCUUUUAGCUCACCUUUACCUGAUUCCAAACCUCAGACAAAACCUGCAGUGAGCCCUAAUUCUUGUGUCCUGAGCUUACCACCGUCUAACUCAAAACCAAGGAGAUCACCUUUACUACAGCAGACUCAGAGUUUGCCAUUGUUCCAGCCCAAAUCCCAAACAGUGCUUAUACAGGAUCAUAACUUCAGGACCCUGGGUUCACCAGUUAGUAACUCCAAGUUUCAAAGCACCACUUCACUAAAUGGCAAACACAGAGUCACAGAUGUGUCUUUACCCCAUCUCAAACCAAAUAUCUCAGGUCAAUCAUUAUCGAGAUCCAAACACUGCACCAGGAACACAGCUGCUACAGCACGGGGCUCCAGAAUCCAGAGCAAAAGCCACUUGGAUCAUUAUGCAAAGAAAUAUUCAAAUAAAGAAAUUCCAUGGCCUUUAGAUUAUAUUUAUCCUUGCAUUGUUAAAGGUGGGACUGUCCCUGAUAAUGUUGUAAAUAAAGUUAUCAAUUCUCUCUCUAAGACCAGAAUCCAAAGGGAUCUCAGUAGGCAAAUUAUCUUUCGAAGAAUGAGGGGAAGGCCAAAUCCUCAUCCUGGUCCCCGUCUUUCAUCAAAUUACGUGGUUUGUUUGGCUUGUGCUUCCUGCAUAAAAACUCAUUGUAAUCAUCUUACAGGAAAAAGAGAUCCUCGUGGUGCAAUGCUAUCUGUCAUACCAACACUUGAGCCCAGUUCUGAGGGGAAAAUCGAGGUGAAAUUAGUUUUUAUUCUUUCAGUACCAGAGACUUCUUUCUCAUCUUGUCUCCUAUUGCCUGUGAAAAAAAAACAACCUGAGGAAGCCCUUAAAGACAACCUUGAAAAAAUGGAGAAGAUAUCUGAGUUUUUCCCUACUAAAACUGAUAACAUCCAGGGGCUGAAGGUAGUCUCUGAAAACAAAGUUGUAAGCCAACAGCCCCAGGCUAUUGACUGGUUGCUUUAUGUUAAGAAAAGUAAUUCUCAGACACAGAGUAGGCUCCCAUCAUCUUCCUCCUCCAUAUCUUUCUCUUCCUCCUCCUCUUCAUCUUCUUCCUCCUCUUCCUCUUUGAUUGCACCCUCCUUACCCUCUCCUUACAUAGAGUCUGUGCCAUCUACCCCCUCAGGUUCUAUUUUCAAUAAGUUAGUUAGUUACCACCGUUUGCCUCCAGGGGUCUCCUGGCUUGAGUUUAUAUGUAGCAAAAAUUACCAGCUACUUUCUGGAAAAAGACAACAAAGUCACCUGCCAUCUACCAACACAAAUCCUAUGAGGAAUAGCACCAUAGUGAAAGGGCCAAAGGGGUCAAAGAUACUGUUCAAAAUUUUCCAGGCACAGUGA